AAGGGAACCUUCCUGCACUGUUGGUGCGAUGUAAACUGGUGCAGCCACUAUGGAGAAGAGUAUGGAGUUUCCUUAAAAAACUAAAAAUGGAAUUAGAGUUCUUCAUUGCAAUGAAUAGGAACUGACUGGGGCUGACUUCAAUAGAAAUUUAUUUGACAAGAGGAUUUGGGGUAAGUCUCAAAAUUAAUAGCAAGGAUGAAGGACCACACUUGGAAGAGAACAUGGGGAAACAAAAGCAAGCUGGGGACACAUUGCCAUCAUCAAAAUCCCUCCAGAGAACAGCUCAUCGUGGACCCCAAUGUCAUUACUGCUGAAGCCUGGACCGACAGGUCACUUCACCCACUGACCCUGAACUUUAGGAUGCCUCCACCGCACAACUGCCGGCGCUGUCUCUGGAGACUGUUGUUUAAAAUUAUACCACCUCCUGAGGAGUUGUCCCCAUCUAUGCUUUUUGUGUCAGUUUCUCUUGAUUCCCUGCAGUGCCAAUUUCUUUGUGUCCUCAGGUUUUGUUUCUACAUUUGUGUGUCUGCUUAGUUGAACCUAAAGCACAUGUCCAUGCUCUGUUUUCUACAAAGGCUGAGAAAUCGAGUAUGAAAUUUUUACCUUUCAUCGUUAGUUAUGUCAAUUUCUCCAUGAAAGUCCUAGUAACAUGUACUGUCUCUCCUGUGUAUUUCUCUCAGGGACUUUGAAGCAUCGGUCCCACAUUUCCUAUCUCUUUUUAAUCACGACUCCCUGCGCCUUUUCUUUGCAUCUUCUGUUACCUGCUUUACUGCCUAGUCCUUGAUUUUUAGGCAUUGAGGCUUCUCACAUGGAAAUAGUUCCUGAUUUCUCUCUUUUCUCUGAAACCUCAUGAAUUUUGAAAGCUGCUUCAAAUUUUUCGUUUUCUUUUUUUGAUUCAGGCGUAUUUUCUGCCGCAGUUCUCAUCCUUCAGUUUGUCCUUAAAAUUCUCCAAUUUUAAAGUUUCAUAACUGAAACCUUAGCAGUCAUGAAUAUAAUGAUUUCAUACCUCUUUAGCAAUAAAAUGAUUUCAAACCUGCACAUGAAAUCUGCAGAAUGAAUAACUGCAGCUGGUCUGACUGGAGCCUGGGUAAGGGCCGGCUUUCUUUGCUAAGUACACCUUUUUUUCUCAUCUGUGCAGCCUCCCCUUGGCUGCCUGUACCAGUUGGAGUUUGGGGUUGCAAAGUAACAGACAGUGUAAUUUACUGGAAGGAUGUGAAGGCAGCUCAAAGAACUGAAGGCUGAAGGUCCAGCUGGGAACCAGCAGCAACUCAGGAGCUCAGGACCAUCUUCCUUACUGCACAGGAUGGGAAGUUGAUGCCCAGUAGGACUGAAGAUCCGUUCUGUUAAUAGACACUCUCCCAUCACAGAACUGUGGAUUACCUGUGGGUCCCCGGUGGUUUCACACCUUCACUCCCUCCUGCAGACCCAGAACAGUUACUUUGGGUCCUCUUUGCCCCGUCUGGUGAAAGAUGGCAUCCAGUCUGACUUGCACCGGGGUCAUCUGGGCUUUGCUCUCGUUUCUUUGUGCUGCCACCUCCUGCGUGGGGUUCUUCAUGCCUUACUGGCUCUGGGGAUCUCAGCUGGGCAAGCCUGUGUCCUUCGGUACUUUCCGGAGGUGCUCGUAUCCCAUGCACGAUGAGAGUCGGCAGAUGAUGGUGAUGGUGGAGGAAUGUGGGCGCUACGCCUCCUUCCAGGGCAUCCCCAGCACAGAAUGGAGGAUUUCUACCAUCGUGACAGGCCUGGGCUGUGGCCUCCUCCUGCUUGUGGCGCUCACCGCCCUCAUGGGCUGCUGUGUGUCGGAGCUCAUCUCCCGGACAGUGGGAAGAGUGGCUGGAGGAAUUCAGUUUCUGGGGGGCCUGUUGAUCGGUGCUGGCUGUGCCCUGUACCCCCUGGGCUGGGACAGUGAGGAGGUCCGGCAGACUUGUGGCUACAUUUCUGGCCAGUUUGACCUGGGUAAGUGUGAAAUCGGUUGGGCCUACUACUGCACGGGAGCAGGUGCUGCCACCGCCAUGCUGCUAUGCACAUGGCUGGCUUGCUUCUCGGGCAAGAAACAGAAACAGUACCCAUACUGAGAUGGAGCCACCAAGAGCAAACAGAGGAGAAGACGGGCUGAAGGGGCUGGGAGGGACUGAAGCAUCCAGCUAUUCUCAAAAGGUGGAAUAGUGGUUCUAAACCAUACAACACUAAUGAAAUGAAACCCAGUGGAAUUAAAAACAUUAUACCAUGGGGAAGGGUUGUGCAAGGUUUGUGAAAGAAAUGUAGAGCAUGGAAUGAUAGAGAAAAAUGGACCAAAGGCUAAAAAUAUUGCAGGGUGUUGGGUGUUUCUAUCCCACAGAGUAUUGUUGAUGUAGAACACACACAUACACAAAACAAAUCUGUAUAUGCAGCAAACAAGGAUUUUUUUUUUUAAGGAUGAUGACUCAGAGAAUCGAAAGGGCUAGGAGAAACAGUAUUAGGUUGGGAAGCAGGGUAACGCACAGACGUUCCCAGUAAGUCAUGGCAUUUCUGAAAGCACACGAGCACAUACAGAUGUACGCAUCCACACACAUGCCCACACACAGACAUUUAAAUUGUUGCACAGUCUGUAUGAGAGGGUUAGCAGUGCGUUACUCCUCUGUUUUCUUUUUAAUACACAUUUAAAAUACCAUAUUAUCACUUUAUAAAGUAUACAUUAAACCUAAUAAAUGGACCAAUAAGCCACUCUUAUCAGUAUUUUGUAUACUCUGCAUAAACUCUUUAUGCCCUCAACGUGUUUUCAGUGUUUAUGCAGAUCUUUAGAAUUAAGCCUUUGUAUUUCAAUAUUAUUCAAAAAAUAUGCAAUAUUUCUCUGAGUAGCUUCUGCUAUGGUAUUCUUAUGAAGUUAAAGGGGCAACUUUCUGUCCACUGUAGGAGAGAAUUGAGUUGAAGAUGUGAGAGUAAUGAGAGACAUUUUCCAGUCACUAGAUCUUGUUUUCUUUCAUCCAUUAUUGUACUGUGCUGUACCACAUUUAUUCCAAUAUUCAUUUUGUAAAAAAUAAAAACGUGCUAUUUUGUUUGUAUUUGAAAAGCUCUGUGAAUAAAUUCUCUCUUUGAUCAGUA